CCCAACCCCAACCCCAAAAUACGUCCACCAAGAAACACCUAUAAAUUUGGAUCCCAUUCUGAUUCUAUAGCAAUAAAAAGGCUCCAAAUUCUACUCAGUAAUUCAGUGAGUUAAGUCAGUUUUUAGAGAACAAGAAAUGGCAGGUCGUCCGUACAAUACAGGCAUUUUGUUGGUUAUAUCACUACUUGUAUUGAUUACAUUAUCCAACGUUGUUGAGGGAUACAAUAGACUUCAUCCUCGAGAUUGCAAUCCAAGAUGCACGUACCGUUGCUCAGCAACAUCCCAUAAGAAGCCAUGCAUGUUCUUCUGUCAAAAGUGCUGUGCGAAGUGCUUGUGUGUGCCACCAGGCACUUAUGGCAAUAAACAAACAUGCCCUUGUUACAAUAAUUGGAAGACUAAGGAAGGCGGACCUAAAUGCCCAUAAAUUAAUUUAUAUUAAAAAAAAAACAAACAAAAACAAAAACAAAAACAUUUCGUUUAUUUAUAAUCUAUAUGAUCGCUAUAUUUUUACUCAAAUGGCAAUAGAAGAACAUGCCCUUUUGUUCAAUUUGAAAUGCCAAAAAGUGUAAGGAGAGAUGUCCUACUCGAAAUGAAGUUGUAGACGGAUAUUGAGAAAUAUGAGCAACUUAUAAUUUGAGGUAGUCUUAUCUGAUUUGCCUUUAUAUAUAAGUGAAUUAUAAUGUAUUUGCAAUGUGGUUGUCUUGUACUUGGAAAUUGAAAUUGAAACCAA